AUGGAUGAAAAUCCUCCAUCGUCCUCAUCAUUAUCUGAUACUUUGAACUCAAACGGUAUGGCAUGUUCAGACGAGAUAGCACCGGCAAUUCUGAGUACGAGUGGUACGUGGUUGCGUCUUUCUAUGCCUUACUUUCCAAAAAAAAGCAUCGUUUGGCGUUAUUUUGAUUUGUAUGAAUCGGAUGGAUAUAGUCGUGCAGACACAGAACGGGUUGUAAAGUGUCGUUUGACGAGCUGCUCGCGAAAGGAGUUGCGUUUGGAUGCUCAAUCAUCUACCAAAGGCAUGUGGGAACAUUUGCGGAAUAAGCAUCCUGAUGAGGCACUGAAAUGUGAAAAUGGUUCAGUAGGACAAGAUGAAACAAACAGUGUAACAACUCAAGAAAGUAUGGUUACCACUGAUCAUCCAGUAUCAGUGACUCCAAGCCAGUCCUUAACAGAUUUUUACGCACCAUACACUUUACUGGAUGAUGAUAAGAAAUAUGAGGUUAUCCAUGGGCUGAUAGGUAAGCUUCUACAAAGUGUGCAGGAAUGUAAGGAUCGAGUACAUAUCAGCGGUCAGUACGGCUUACUUUCAUUUGCGGAUUAUGCUCGACUUCUUGCCAAAGCCAAGACAACAUCAAUAUUUGUUUGCCGUGAAGCUCCUUUGAUUUUACCACAACCUGGAACAAUUGUUAUAUAUGAUACAAAGUCUGGGGUUCAGCUUGAUCUUGAUUCAGUACAUAUGCUUGAGCACUUGAGAGAAGAUGGUUAUUCCUUCAAUAAUUAUGACAGUGGUUUACUCUCUGACAAUUUGUUCAUAACACGAUACUUUAGCGGUAGUGCAGAUGAUUUGGAUAAAGACGGGAUCAUGCGAUAUGAAAUCACAACCACUUAUGAGGAUGUUGGCCAUGUUCUCUUCCAUUACGUUAAAAGUACGAGAUAUGAAGAAAAUUUAGGAAAAAGUGUAGGUGAAAUACCUGUUCAUUGUUAUACGUCUAAACCACCGCGUUUGAGACGAGUUGAUGAGAACAAAAGGAAACCUGAAAAUUCAAGUGGUGGUGCGUCGCCUAUAUCACCUUCACCAGCUAAAGCUAGGCGAAACGAGCUAGAUGGGCUAGAGGUCAUUGCUGGAUGUCUACCUACGAGUUUCCGAGCGUUUUUUGAAAACACCGGCGUGGAAGUAGAUAAUGAUGAGGUUUUGAAUGGUAUCACUCCGUCGUUCGAAGAAACUGUUGAAGUAUUUGGCAGUGGAGUAGAUGAUUCACAAGUAGAGGACAACUGUAUCAGUCUUGCUGGACUAUUUGCUUCAACGUACCAAACAAGAAACUCAAAGCAGACUUUAAGCGCGCAGGCUGAAACAAAAGUAGAAAAACGAGUGAUGAACAUUUUAAAAAAAGCAGUGCGUGAUCAACGUAGAUCUAAAGUUCAUUACUUAGCCCGAAGGACUAAGAAUAUAAAUUGGGUGAAGGUAGUAGGCGAACUCCAAAAGAAAUCAAUGAAUUUGUCUGGUGCUGCAAAUAGUGCAAAGAUGAUAAAAGCAGAAAAUUUGACUGGUGACUUUAGAGUAAUAGAAAGUGGUGAGGAUAAAAAUGACAAUGAUAAAACUGUGAUUGUGGAUGAUAUGGAUAAGAAGGGUGGUGGUGGACAUGUAGAUGAUGCCGCUAUGAUUUAUGAUAAUUCGAUGGGCUAUAAUGUACAUUUGUUGAAUAUCCUGAAAAGAAGUAAUACCUAA